AGAAACCCACCCGAAGGCCCUUGCUGCCCUGCGGGUUCCUCCAUUGGCUUCACUUCAGGGAAAAAAAAUGGCGAAGCCUCGAAAACAGAAGAACGAGGAGCAGAAGCCCGAGAGCUCGGGUGGGGUCGUCCUCCACCAGAAGCUCUGCCUCUCCAUCGACAUGGAUAAGCGAAGGAUCUACGGGUACACGGAGCUGAAAUUUGUGGUCCCAGAGAGUGGUUAUGUGGCUUUAUAUGCUGAUAAUAUGAACAUCAGGAGUGUAACUGUAGAUGGGGAGAUAGCUGAGUUUGAAUAUUCCCCACAUUAUCAAAUUGUUGAGGAUGAGAAGAGAUUCUGUUCAGUAUCAUGCCCCAAGUCAGCUGCUGACAUUGCUUGCUCAAUAUACACCUCUUCUCUGGAUAGAGAAAUGGUUCCCAAUUUGCUCAUUACAUGUCAUAGAUCAGCAAAAUCAAUAAAUGAACAACAGGAUCAAGAGAAUGGGGGGACUAUGGUGCAAAAAUCAAAUGGAGAGCAAGUUGUUAAUGGUUACAAUGGUCAUCCAGUGGACAAGAAUGUGAAAUUGGUUCGCAUUGACUAUUGGGUAGAGAGGGCAGAAACUGGCAUUCAUUUCAUGGAUAAUGUGCUGCAUACAGAUAAUCAGAUUAGGCGUGCACACUGCUGGUUCCCAUGUAAGGACAGUAUUCUACAACGCUGCUCCUUUGAUCUGGAGUUCACAGUUAACUCAAAUUUUGUGGCUGUCAGCAAUGGGAACCUGCUACAUCAGGUUUUAACCAAUGAUGAUCCGCCCUGCAAGACAUAUGUCUAUAAGCUAAGCACUCCAGUGAGUGCUGAAUGGAUUUCCUUGGUUGUUGCUCCAUUUGAAAUUCUUCCAGACAUUCAUAAUGGCAUUAUCUCGCACAUGUGUUUGUCUCCAAAUUUUUUGAAGCUUCAGAAUACAGUUGGUUUUUUCCAUAGUGCAUUUAGCUACUAUGAAGAUUACCUUUCCACAUCAUUUCCAUUUGGUUCUUACAAACAGAUCUUCAUUCCUCCGGAGAUGACAAUAUCUUCGAUGAGUUUGGGAGCCUCCAUGUGUAUCUUCAGUUCUCAUCUUUUGUUUGAUGAUAAGGUUAUAGAUCAGACAAUUGACACUAGAAUAAAACUUGCUUAUGCCCUUGCAAGGCAAUGGUUUGGAGUAUACAUUACUGCAGAAGAGCCGAACGAUGAAUGGCUAUUAGAUGGCUUAGCUGGUUUUCUUACUGAUAUCUUUAUUAAGCGGUUUCUUGGAAACAAUGAGGCACGCUACCGGCGUUACAAGGCCAAUUGUGCUGUUUGUAAAGCUGAUGUUAGCAGUGCAACUGCUUUAAGCUUCCCUGCUGCUUCAAGUGAUCUGUAUGGAACUCAAACCAUUGGUUUGUAUGGAAAAAUUCGUUCAUGGAAAGCUACGGCAGUUCUUCAAAUGUUGGAGAAGCAAAUGGGUCCAGACUCUUUUCGUAAGAUUCUACAGCAUAUAGUUUGUAGGGCUCGUGAUUCAACUCGGUACAUGAGAAUGCUUGGUACUAAAGAGUUCAGGCACCUUGCCAAUAAGGUUGGCAAUCUGGAGCGUCCAUUCCUAAAAGAAUUUUUUCCUCGAUGGGUUGAAACUUGUGGAUGUCCUGUUAUGAGGAUGGGACUAUCCUAUAACAAACGAAGAAAUAUGAUCGAACUGGCUGUUAUGCGAGGUUGCACGGAAAAAACACGUGUUUCUGGUGGCAAUCCUGAUAGUGAAAUUCGAGAAGGCGAAACUGGUUGGCCAGGAAUGAUGAGCAUCCGUGUUCACGAACUUGAUGGAAUGUAUGACCAUCCAGUUCUGCCAAUGGCUGGGGAGAGCUGGCAACUGCUGGAGAUACAGUGCCAUUCUAAACUAGCUGCAAAACGGUUUCAGAAGCAAAAAAAGGGUUCUAAACCUGAUGGCUCUGAUGACAAUGUAGAUGCUGUGUCAACUCAAGAUAUACGCACUGGCAUGGAUUCACCUUUGUUGUGGAUUAGAGUGGAUCCUGAAAUGGAGUACCUUGCUGAAAUUCAUUGUCACCAGCCUGUUCAGAUGUGGAUCAAUCAAUUAGAGAAAGACAAAGAUGUGGUUGCUCAGUCACAAGCAAUUUCGAUGUUGCAGAAACUACCCCAACUUUCUUUCUCCAUUGUCAAUGCUCUUAAUAGCUUCCUCACUGAUUCAAAGGCAUUUUGGAGAGUCAGAAUUGAAGCAGCAUAUGCGUUGGCGUAUACGGCUUCUGAGGAAACAGAUCUGGCUGGCUUACUCCAUUUGAUUAAAUUUUAUAAGAGUCGAAGAUUUGAUGCAGAUAUUGGAUUACCUAGGCCAAACGACUUCCAUGAUGUUCCGGAAUACUUUGUUCUUGAGGCCAUCCCACAUGCAGUAUCUUUGGUUAGAGCAGCGGACAAGAAAAGCCCAAGAGAAGCAAUUGAAUUUGUUUUACAGUUGCUGAAGUACAAUGAUAACAAUGGGAACCCCUAUUCAGAUGUCUACUGGCUUGCUGCUUUGGUUCAAUCCAUAGGUGGACUUGAAUUUGGUCAGCAGGCUGUUCUUUUAUCAUCUCUUCUCAAGCGUGUAGAUCGGCUACUACAAUUUGACAGCCUAAUGCCCAGCUAUAAUGGAAUCUUGACUAUAAGCUGCAUUCGCACCCUUGCACAGAUUGCAUUGAAGAUGUCAACCUCUAUACCUCUCGAUCGUGUCUGUGAACUUAUCAAACCAUUUCGGAACAUCAUGAGAACAUCAUGGAAAGUUCGAAUGGAAGCAAACAGGAUACUUCUGGAUCUGGAGUUCUACUGUAAAGGUCUUGAUGCAGCUCUGUGCUUGUUCAUGAAGUUCUUAGAGGAAGAGCCAUCUUUUCGAGGACAGUCAAAGCUGGCUCUGCAUGUGAUGCAUUUGUGUCAAGUAAAUGUCGAGUCUCAAAUCGAUAGUGAUAUAGCUUGUCCAACUCUUGUUGCUUUACUUCAUCUGCUUGCAAGCAGAAAAGCGUUCAACAAUGUCUUCCUUCGGCAUCAUUUGUUCUGCAUUUUGCAGGUUGUUGUUGGGAGGUCUCCAACACUCUAUGGUGUUCCAAAAAUCAAUGUACAUCCAGUGGUGGCUGCAGAAACUUGUACUGAACAGCUGUCUAGGCCUGCACCCCUAAAGCUAAAGAUAUCAAAACCUCAGGAACCUCUCAGGGAUACGAACCCCCCUCAUGCUCUGCCCAUUGCAGAGUCUGCCAAGGAUGCCGAUCCUGUUUCUAAUGUGCUGCCUUUUGCAGAGACCGCCAAGGAAGCCGAUACUGUUUCCAAUUGCAGUGAAAGAAAAAAUGUUGUAAAGAUCAGGGUUAAGCAACCUGUAUCAUCCAGUAAAGCAGAUGAUGUUGAUCAUCAGAUGGACCACUCUCGAGGUGCACAAAAUGAAGCGGAAUUGGGCCCAUGCAGUUCUGUAUCUGUAGAUGCACCUACAAGAGGCGCAAAUGAGCCAUUGAACGUGAGCAAUCAAAACAAUGAAGAGGUUAACUCUUCUCAUGGUCACGAAUCUAGGAUGACUGCAAGCAUUGGUAGUGCAAAAUUGGUUUCCAAAGAUGAGAUUGGCAAGGAAUUGCAGUGUACAGCAGAUUCAAGAUCAGAUGUGCUUUCCAAGGAUCAGUUAUCUCCUGUUGUCAAUGUAAGUGAUGGAGAGGCAGUUGCCCAGAAAACUAGCAGUCUUCAGACCUUUUCUAUUGGCAGACAUGAUGGAGAUGGAGCUCUAUUGCCCAUGGAUGAUCAGGAGGCAAAAGAGAAAAGGAAGAAGGAUAAGAAAGACAAGGAAAAAAAGCGAAAACGAGAGGAUAAAGCAAACAAGAAAGAUGACCCAGAGUAUCUGGAGAGGAAGCGUCUGAAGAAGGAGAAGAAAAGGAUGGAGAAAGAGUUGGCAAAGAUGCAGAAGGGUGAAGAAAGGACUGCACGUGAUCUGCGAAACGUAGCAAAACCUGUAGAAUCACAAGUAGCACCAGCUAUUGGGGAGUCCAAGAAAUCAGAACAAAGUGUUGAACCUCAUGUUUCAGUAAGUAGAGAAACGAGUGAAAACACACAAAGCAGCUUGGCACCCAAAGUAAGGAUUAAAAUUAAAAGUCGAGUUUUGGAAACAUCUAAUCAUUGAAUGGCGCCAUGUGGCGUGAAAAAGAGAAUGUACAGUCAAAAGGACUGAUGAAGAUUUGUUGUCUGCGUUUCAGUUUUCCUCCUUAGUGUAGGGUUUUAGUCCAAAUUAUUCCACACCGACAUUUUUCAGGUGUGGAGGAGGACUCACGCAUUUAAAUUGGCUUCACUAGCUGUAAGGCGAGGCUGUAGUUUUGUAAGUGAAUAUUUACCUUUAGAAAUGUAGGACCAUUUUAUUUGGAUAUUCCACUUUCAGGAAUGGUUGAAAAUCCCCCUUUUUUUUUUCUGUUCU